GAAAUAAAUAAAUAUAAAAUAAAAUAGUAUUUUUAAAUUUUAUUUGUAUUUAAUACGGAAGUAAAAUAAAGGAUGGCAUCAGUUCCUCCCCGAAAUAUUCAACAUGUUGGUUUGGAUGCUGUUUGAUUCCAUGCUGCUUACAGUCGUGUAAUGUUGUCCACCAUAGGUGUCCAAAUUGUGACAUGUAUUUAGGACAGUACAGGUGGCAGGUGCUAUUGAUAUAUACGUCGAAUUAUCGUUUUGGAUUGAUACGUAGGUAUUAAUUCGGCAACAAUAUAGAAUAAUGGACCACGUCAACUUUACCAACAAUUCGAAUUCAGAAUUUUUCGUAACCGACGAUGACUUUCACCGGCCAUCGUCGAAAAUAGCGGACACGCUGGACUUGGCAGUGUGCCGACCUGCGACUAUGGUGCACUUGCGCUCGUUGGAGCGGUUAACCGGACGAUGGACGUUUCUGUCGAUGCCACAGGACGUCAAUUUGACGGCGUACGGCAAACAGUUUUCCGGCGAGUGGCCGUCGUUUCACGUGGAAAUGGAGUGCGACGUCUUGAGCCAGGCCAAAGACUUCGCCACCGAGGAGACGCUGGACGGCCACACACAGUCGUCCGGCAGCGAUGCGAAGGAGUCGACGGUCCCGAGUGGUCCGAACAAGUUCGUCAGACAGUGUGUCGCCUACGUCGGACGUCUCUUUACUUUGGAUUUCUAUAGGGCCGUGUGCUUGUACUUCCUAUCAAUCGUCACGUUCCGGAACCGUGGGCGAUCGACGUAUACGAACGCACGAUGAUGGUUUAGGUGCUUAGGUAUAGUUAGGUUAUUAAUAGCUUGACCAUGAAUCAUGAUGGUCAUAAUAAUUUUGGAUGAGCUACAGUGUGCUUGUAUGAUUUUCGAGAGGUU